CCAAUCCCCCAAGAGAGAAGUCUCCUGCUAGUCCUCCUAGCAAGAAGUCACCUGCCAAUUCUCCAAGAGAGAAAUCUCCUGCUAGUCCAUCUAGUGAGAAGUCACCUGACAAUAUGCCAAUAGGGAAGUUUCCUGCCAAUUCUUCUAGCAAGAAGUCACCUGCUAAUCCCCCAGGAGAGAAGUCUCCUGCUAGUUCACCUAGCAAGAAGUCACCUGUCAAUCCCCCAAGACAGAAGUUUCCCGCUAAUCCGCGUAGCAAGAAGUCACCUAACAAUCCCCGGAGAAGGAAGUUACCUGCCAGUCUGCUUAGAAAGAGAUCUCCUGCCAUUAUGUCAAGGAAGUCUUCGGGGAGUAAUUUGGUACCUCUGAGAGGGAUUGGUGAUUCUUUUUUGCCCUUCCAAGAAUCAUAUUUUACAAACAUUGAAGCAGCACCACAACAUUUUUGGUUUGAAAAGAAUAUGACCAAAAAUGCUAUAAGGGCUUUAGACAAGGGAAAGCUGCCUCUGAAGAAAAUACUCUUUUGGAAUGAUGUUUUUGGUAACAAAUCCUUCUACUUUGGUUACGGUCAAGAGCCUUUCAUCAAAGCAAAUUGUCCCGUCAGCUCCUGCUUCACGACGGCGAACCGCAGUUUGUUUUCCCCGGAAGAGGUCGAUGCAGUAAUCUGGCACGCAAGGUCAGAUGACCAGAGUCUCCCUUCUAAGAGGUCACCGCAUACUAGAUACGUGUUUUGGAGUUGGGAAUCGGCCGACCAUAUGUUUGAUAGCAUACAAGAAUUCAAAAACGUUUUCAACUGGACGUUCACGUACAGACUAGACUCUGAUAUUCCUAAUCCGUAUGGCACAAUAUACCGCCGUCGAGUGCCCAAGCCACAGCCUGUUGGGAAGAAUUAUGCCGCUGGGAAGAAAAAGUUAGCAGCCUGGUUUGUCUCCAACUGCGACACCAAAUCUGGCAGGGAAAGGUUAGUAAAAAAGCUCAAAAACUGGAUUAAGGUUGAUGUGUACGGACAGUGUGGUACGCACAAAUGUCCCUGGAACGCCGGGAAGAAUAGUUGUUACAAGAAGCUUGAGCGGAAGUACAAGUUCUACUUUUCCUUUGAGAAUUCCUUAUGCAAGAAUUAUGCAACUGAGAAAAUAUUCAAUGUCCUUCGAUAUAACGUUGUGCCAGUGGUGUACGGCCUUGGAAAUUACACAGCGAUAUUGCCCCCUAAAUCUUACGUUGAUGCUCUCGCCUUCCCAACUCCCGAGAAUUUGGCGAGCUACCUUCUGUAUUUAAACAAAAAUGACACAGCAUAUAACGAAUAUUUCAGAUGGAAAGCGUAUCACCAACUUCCAGCAGCAUGGAGCUCCUUAGCGAAUCCGUGGUGUGACCUGUGCAAGAGGCUUCAUGAAGACCAGUCUCGAAAAGUCUAUGAUAUAUACGAGUGGUUCAUCAAAGGUUCAGACUGUCUGAAUUUAUGGAUGCCUAGGAUAUCAAGAUUCAUUAAGAAUAAAGCACCAAACAUAGACAACCCUGAAAAGUAGUUGUUUACUUACAUAAGGAUCAGAUUUUUGCAUACCUGAAAACAGUUUUGCUCACUUCUGCGUGUUGCAUGACAGCACGUUUAUGAUGAAUUCAAGACUCGGUGAUGUGCUAUUUUAUGCAUGUAUGCAGUGUAAAUAUGGAAUAAUAACAAACGUAUGUCGAUUGUGCAUUUGCUGAUUCCCUUAGUAGUCUAACUCCUCUGAUAUAAAUUGCAGAUAUUAUGUGCCGUUAUGACUGGUGAUACAAUGCCCUAUGCUAAUGUAUACCAUUGUGUUAUUAAUUUAAUAUUAAAUGGAAUUUGUUAGACGAUGAGCAUAUCAUUAACGUUGUUUAGAGUUGUUGCUGGGAGAGGGAUGCCUAUGCUGGUUUGUACUUUUUUCAUUUGUUCGUGGUGAGAGUGAUUUCGUCCAGAGGUUCGGAUUUAUAAACCAUUUGCUAGUGGAUCAACUCAAAGACCUGAAGAGUGGUGCGAAGACCCAUUGUUGAAGAAUGAAAGAACAAGGUUCAACCUACAGUCAUCAGCAGUGGCUAGAAAGGUAUCACCAUUUUAUGCAACUAUAAUCCUUAGAAGGGAAUCAUUUGACAUCUUAGGUGAUCUGAUAAUCUUAAAUUCUGUACCCAGGUUCAUUGGUAUCAAGGGACGUGAUCCCCACAAAUGGUCAAGUCCUGUCCAGGCGUCCUAUGCAGUAAUGCCAUUCCUUGUUAUUCAGGAUAUCUCUUCACUGACCUCGACAAGAAAAAGUACGUCGUUGAGUUAUUGUUAGGAGGAAAAGAUGACCAUUCAUUGUGAAAAUCAAAGUAUCGCAGCAGUGCAGAAGGGAACAGAGACUGUUUUGGCCCUCGGAACAAGUUUUAAAAAGGCAGCGAAAGAAUGACUGAAAGUGGUCAAGCUCAGAUCAGAAAGGGAAUAAAAUAUGACUGGAAAUACAUCUGUGUUCUUUUGUCAUUUUAGAAAAAUUAAGUUCUCCUUAAAGCUCUCGUUAAGAGAACCAACACAACGGAGGGUCUCUUGCAGUCACUGUCUUGCGGCAUAACGGUCAAAAUUGACGCAAGUAUGGAUGGGAUAUAGUAAGAUAUUCUUCAUUUUCUCUUCACAUAUCACACACAUCUAAAAUCUGAAAGCUCCAGCGUAUUCAGGGUGAAUUUAUUUUAAGAAUACACAAGUUUUAUUUUUUCUUGAUCGCAUGAAUGAUGCAAAAUACGACGAUAAGUAAAAUUAGGUAUAAAGAGUUAAAUGCUUCUCUCUUCACUUUUACUCGUAAUUCCUUUGUGUUUUAUCUUAUACAUUUCAGAAAGAAAUUAUUUAGUUUUGCAAUGAAUACCGAAUCCUAUGUUAUGACCAAAACAUUCCUAUCUUGUGCAAACCUGAGAUGAAUAGAUGAAGAAAUAUAAACAUAUUACUCACCCAAGAAUCUAUAGUAACCAGGCUACUUUCCACCCACGGAAGAACUGGAAGCACAAGGCAAUGGUUGUAGUAAUUGUAGUAAACACUAUUCCCUCUUAACUUCACGUUUUGGAGACGCUUGUCAUUACAAAAGCUAUGAUCUAAAAGGAACAAUGUGAAGCAAUUUUGACGUAUUUAGCAGAAUUAAAACCUGCAUCCGGGGUAUCAAAGCAGGGUCACGAUACCCAGGGGUACAGUGUUGCCCGGAUAGUGUGAUGUGAGAAAAGGAAAGAAGAUGAAAGGAUGGAUGCUUCACGUGGGAACCUGUUGGUGACGGCAAGAAAAUAUUUG